UUUUAUUAGAAAGAAUGAAUGGAAAAAGGAUGCUUCUAUUAUGGUUUUUGUAGUUGCGAGAAUUUUUUUUUUUGAGAAAAGGUCCUCUCCUUCAAUAUCAUGAUUGGGUCGAUCAGGCUAGAUCAUGAGUGAAUAUAAAAAAAAUGUACAUAGCUGUUCCAGCUGAAAUAGUUGGAAUAAUUCUACCACUUCUACUAGGGGUAGCCUUUUUAGUGCUAGCUGAACGUAAAGUAAUGGCUUUUGUGCAACGUCGAAAGGGUCUUGAUGUAGUGGGAUCAUUUGGAUUGUUACAACCUCUAGCAGAUGGUUUGAAAUUGAUUCUAAAAGAACCUAUUUCAACAAGUAGUGCUAAUUUCUCCCUUUUUAGAAUGGCUCCAGUGGCUACAUUUAUGUUAAGUCUGGUCGCUCGGGCCGUUGUACCUUUUGAUUAUGGUAUGGUAUUGUCAGAUCCAAACAUAGGGCUACUUUAUUUGUUUUCCAUAUCUUCUCUAGGUUUUUAUGGAAUUAUUAUAGCAGGUUGGUCUAGUAAUUAGGGGGCGGUCGUUUGGUCGCAUAUGAUACUAGGACCAAUAGGUUCAAAAUAGGUUUGUGCCACAGGUGUUGAACGAUCUACUCUACACAGGUGUAGGCUUACAGGGCUAGGGCUGAUAAAACCUUUCUUUCAUUUAUCAAUAGGGCCCUGCCCUGGUCGGUCACUUUUCUGGGCCGGGAUCGAUAAGUGGAAGUGAUAAAAAAGAAAUCUUUCUCUUCGCACCUCAGAUCAAGAAGAAGGGUUGCUUGUCAAGCUGGCCUAUAUAUAAUAAUAAGAAAUAGAAAGAAAUUUCUUAUUAUUAUAUAAUAAAAACUAUAAGAAAAAUGGAAAGAUUCACUUUCUUUUAAUCGACUCCUUCUUCUUUGUCAACGCUACUAAGGACCAAUAGGUUUGCCUACUUUACUUAUUAAAGAUAAUGAGAAUGGGUUAUUCAAACAAAAAGGAAAAGGCCCUACUUAGUUUCGCAAGCCUUUGUCAUUGUCAGUCAACUAAGUAGGGCCUGAGGCCCCCUGCGAAUCCGUAAAUCUGAGGAGCAUGCCGCAACAAAAGGAUGGUCCCCUAUGCAUUUCAUUUUUUCCUUAAGGGAAAAAAAAGUACCCCCAUCAUAGUGAACCUCUCCUUGUGAUCGGGAUAAGGUAGAUGCCUCCCAGCCGGGGGGCGGAUCGAAUCAGAGUUUCCUUAGGUAGCCACCGACCUAUAGUUAUCCUUAAACUUCCGUGCUUAGUGAAGAAGAAGUGAACAAAAGUAUGCUCACUUGCUGUCUUGUUCUCUGUCGUAAACUGGGAUCGCUCACCAGCUAGGUCAGAUUGGAGCAAGAUAUUUUUAGAACAUAUUCCCCAUAUUCAGGGACAAGGGGCGGAACAACCUCUCAAUUUAAUUACUGUAGCCCAGGAAGAAAAAUGUCAUCUAGGCAUUCCCUCUUGCUCCGAUCUCCCCUACACCUAGGACGUUGUCUGGGCCAAGAGCCAUAGUUAGUUGCUGUUUCUGAUUGUUUAUUCCUCGUUGUUGAUACCGGCAAGACCCAGCCAGAUGAUGUCUACUGGUUGGUAGUGAGAGGACUCUUAGUACCUGCAUACCCAAAAGAAGGCGCUGGUUAAAAACAAUCAUUUAAUUUUCUUUCUUGAGCCCUUAGCAGCGGGAAAAGAUUCUAUCUAUCUGCCUAGCUUUGGUAGAUUUCCCCAACGCAAUCCACAGAAAUUCCAUGAAUCCCUUGGUAGAUAAGUCCGAUGACUCAGCAGCCGUGUGGAAUUGAGUUUCUUGUCUGGUGGAUCUGAUCUAUAGUUAGGGGGCAAUACAUACCAAAAGGUUCGAA